AUGAAUAAUAAAAAAAGAAGCAAUCCUUAUAAUAAUAGCGAUUACAACAAAAGAAAAGACAAAUUUUAUGAAAAUGAGAACAAAGGAAAAUCAAAUAUCGAUAAUUAUGGGCGAAAAGUUUGGGAUAAAGAAUAUUAUCAAAAAUUGCUAGACGAAAAAUCUUUAGAGGGAAAAGAUUCAAAUGAAAAACACCAAAAUGAAGAAGAUGAAUUAAUAUUAAAACUGUUUCCAGAUUUAAAAAAAAAAAAUAAGAUUGUCCCUCCUGAUCCAUCCGAAAGAAAAUUAUUAGAAGAAAGAACAGAGAAUUUGUCAUUAGAAAAAAAUUUAGGAAAAGUUCAAAUUGUUACUCAUAAAACAACUAAAGAAGAGCAGGGAGGAUAUUAUUGUAAAAUAUGUGAUUGUACUUUGAAAGAUUCGCAAACAUAUUUAGAUCAUAUUAAUGGGAAAAAUCAUAAUAGAAUGUUAGGAUAUAGUAUGAAAGUAAAAAAUGUUACAUUAGACGAUGUUAAAAAAAAAUUAAAUUUACUUAAAAAUCAAAAAAAUAAUAAAUCUCAUGAAAAUAUUGAAAAAGAUCUAUAUGAAGAAGCUAAAAAAGGAAUAAAAGAAUUACAAGAAUUAGAAGAAAAAAAGAUGCAUAGAAGAAAAGAAAAAAAACUUAUUAAAAAAUUGGAAAAACAAAAAAAAAAACAAGAACAAAACAAUGAAUUAGAUAACGACGAUGUCGAUGAUGAUUUCAAGAAAUUUGGUUUACCCACUUCAUUUGUUUGA